CGGUGCAGUUUCCCCAAGGGCCCCUACAGUUAGUUGUUCCUCUGAGUUCGAAGUGGGGCGGGAGGAAGCUUGGGCAGCGGCAGGCUCGGACUGAGCUCGGACGCCGGCUGCUUGCGCCUCGCUCCUUGCAGAAGCGCGCAGCUCAGACUCCUAGGGAAGGCUGCCCGUCUAAGUCACAGAAGCCCGCAGCGCAAGCUGCUGAGAAAGCCAGCAAAGAGCCGAGCCGAGGGCCACGCCAGGGACCGUUGCGUGAGUGUGCUCGGACUCGGAGCGGUCCAGACUUGGGGAGACCGAGGGGGGAGACCGACUAGUCUUCCUCGAGGGGUGCUGCUGCGUUGAGCGCUCCCCGCUAGGGGGCAGCGUCCUCGCAUCGCGUCGUAGGAACUUCGGCAGUUCCAGGGCGUGUCCCAGCAUCACCUGGCCGGGCAGCAGCUGCUCGCCUCCCCUGGUCGCACCUCGUCCGGAGCGCCUGCCGUGGCGGCCCAGUCGGGGGCCGGCUCGGGCGCACGCGGGAGCUCCAGGGCGUUAGAACGGGGCCGCAUGGUCUCCCCUCUGAGCCUCGGCUAUGCUGCCUUUCGGAGACAAAACGAGAGAAAUGGUCAAUGCAUGGUUUGCUGAGAGAAUUCAUCAUAUCCCAGUCUGUAAGGAAGGAGUCAGAGGUCAUACAGAGUCCUGCUCUUGUCCUACUCAACAGAGUCCCCAUUCUGAGACCACUGCUGCCCCUGGCACUCCCACCAGGAAGAUCUCAGCCUCAGAGUUUGACAGACCACUCCGGCCCAUUGUUGUCAAGGACGCUGAAGGAACCGUGAGCUUCCUUUGUGAAUCAGAAAAGAAGGAACAGAUGCCUCUGCAGCCCCCCAGAUUUGGUUCUGAUACAGGAGAUCAGUGUUCAAGACUCUUGGAGCUUGUGAAAGAUAUUUCUAGUCACUUGGAUGUCACAGCGCUUUGUCACAAAAUCUUCUUACACAUCCAUGGGCUGAUCUCAGCUGAUCGUUAUUCCCUUUUUCUGGUCUGUGAGGACAGCUCCAAUGACAAAUUCCUCAUCAGUCGCCUGUUUGAUGUUGCAGAAGGCUCCACUCUGGAAGAAGCUUCCAAUAGCUGUAUCCGGUUGGAGUGGAACAAGGGAAUUGUGGGUCAUGUGGCAGCUCUGGGGCAGCCGUUGAACAUCAAAGAUGCCUAUGAGGAUCCAAGAUUCAAUGCGGAAGUGGACCAAAUCACAGGCUACAAGACCCAGAGUAUUCUUUGUAUGCCGAUCAAGAACCAUAGGGAUGAGGUUGUUGGUGUGGCUCAGGCCAUCAACAAGAAAUCUGAAAAUGGUGGCACAUUCACAGAAAAAGAUGAAAAGGAUUUUGCUGCUUACCUGGCAUUCUGUGGAAUUGUUCUCCACAAUGCUCAGUUGUAUGAGACGUCACUUCUAGAGAACAAACGGAACCAGGUACUGUUGGACCUUGCCAGCUUAAUCUUUGAAGAACAGCAGUCCUUGGAAGUGAUUCUAAAGAAGAUUGCAGCUACCAUCAUUGCUUUCAUGCAAGUGCAGAAAUGCACAAUCUUUAUAGUGGAUGAAGAUUGCUCAGAUUCAUUUUCUAGGGUAUUUCACAUGGAGUUUGAGGAUUUGGAAAAAUCAGCAGAUGCUUUAACAAGUAGGGAUGGAGAUGUGAAUAGAAUCAACUAUAUGUAUGCUCGCUAUGUCAGAGACACCAUGGAACCUCUUAAUAUCCCUGAUGUCUAUAAGGACAAGAGAUUUCCCUGGACAAAUGAAAACACAGGAAAUUUACACCAGCCCAUUAGAAGUUUGCUUUGCACACCUAUAAAAAAUGGAAAGAAGAACAAAGUGAUAGGGGUUUGCCAGCUUGUUAAUAAGAUGGAAGAGAAUUCCAGCAAAUUCAAACCUUUCAACAGAAAUGACGAGCAGUUUUUGGAAGCUUUUGUCAUCUUUUGUGGAUUAGGAAUCCAGAAUACCCAGAUGUAUGAAGCAGUGGAGAGAGCCAUGGCUAAGCAGAUGGUGACUUUAGAGGUUCUAUCAUAUCAUGCUUCCGCAGCAGAAGAGGAAACCAGAGAGCUUCAGUCAUUAACAGCCGCCAUGAUACCAUCCGCCCAGACUCUCAAGAUAAUGGACUUCUCCUUCAGUGACUUCGAGCUCUCUGAUUUGGACACAGCUCUUUGCACAAUUCGAAUGUUCACUGACCUUAACCUCGUGCAGAAUUUCCAGAUGAAACACGAGGUUCUUUGCCGGUGGAUCCUAAGCAUCAAAAAGAAUUAUCGAAAGAACGUAGCCUACCACAAUUGGCGGCAUGCCUUUAACACAGCCCAGUGCAUGUUUGCUGCAUUAAAGUCGGGUAGAAUUCAGAACCAACUGACCGAUCUGGAGAUCUUGGCCCUGCUCAUCGCUGCUCUGAGUCAUGACUUGGAUCAUAGAGGAGUAAACAACUCUUAUAUACAAAGAAGCGAACACCCUCUUGCUCAGCUUUACUGCCACUCCAUAAUGGAACACCAUCAUUUCGACCAAUGUCUCAUGAUCCUUAACAGCCCAGGCAACCAGAUUCUCAGUGGCCUGUCCAUUGAUGAAUACAAGGCCACACUGAAAAUGAUCAAGCAGGCAAUUUUAGCUACUGACUUGGCACUGUAUAUCAAGAGAAGAGGAGAAUUUUUUGAACUUAUAAGAAAGAAACAAUUCAACUUUGAAGAUCCUCAGCACAAGGAGUUAUUUUUAGCAAUGCUGAUGACGGCCUGUGAUCUCUCUGCAAUAACCAAGCCGUGGCCUGUUCAACAGCGGAUAGCAGAGCUGGUAGCUGCAGAAUUUUUUGACCAAGGAGACAGAGAGCGAAAGGAGUUGAACAUCGAGCCCACAGAUCUGAUGAACAGAGAGAAGAAAAAUAAAAUCCCAAGUAUGCAAGUUGGAUUCAUAGAUGCCAUAUGCUUGCAACUCUAUGAGGCCCUGGUACACGUCUCAGAGGCCUGCUUCCCUCUGUUAGAUGGCUGUAGAAAGAACAGACAGAAAUGGCAGGCCCUGGCCGAGCAGCAGGAGAAGAACCUGAUCAACGGGGAGAGCAGCCAACCCAAGCUGAACUGAGGGGCCUUUGACAGACUGAGCACGCAGAGUUUACGUUUACACAGAAGAUGUCCUAUUUUGUGAUACGUAGUUUUCAUAGACACUGUAUGAGUUGGGUAUAUGUUUUGCCACUGCUGUAUUUUUUUUAACGUUUGGUUUUAUUUUUGCACAACUUUGAAGGGCAUAGUGUGACGUGUUUUUAGGGGACUGGUGUAUAUCGUCUGGAUAUGUCUUUAUACCACUGAAGUGAGGCAGCCCGCUUUGCCCACCGUAGCCACAGCUGGCAGAAAACUGCUCUCAGUGCUCAGGUUCUGCUGAGGGAGGUCUGGGGAGGCUCCGGGAAACUUUUGGCCCUGGCCUUGUCCAUCUGUGUCCCUGGUUGUUUUUGCUGUGGCUGAAUGACCAGUUCUUCAAGAAUGCUUGGCAGCUUCUCCCUCUUCCUAGGGGAGCCAGGAUCAACAGUCCAUUCCUCAGUGUUUGAGAAUAGAGGAGAGAAGGCUGUUGUCCGAGCCUGACUUUGGACAGGGCUGGCCUGUGGGGAUUUGGAAGGCAUGUUUAUCACCAAUGCCUUCGCAGAUCACAAUCGUGUCGACUCAACAACUUUCCGAAUUCUACAGUAUUGGGAAACGUGUGACGUACCAUGUAAUUUAUAGUGGGGGUGAGCACAGGAGACACUCAUAAUGAUCCUUGUGUUAGAGCUGGGUGGGAUCUCGGAGGUAAUCUAAUCCAACCCUCUCCUUUUAAAGAUAAGGUCACGGGCCCCCAAAGUUAAAUGACUUGUCUAAGAUCACACAAGUAGUACACAUCAAAAGCAAGAUUUGAACUAGGUCCAUAGGACCAUAAUUCUAGAGAAUAAAAAGACCUCAGAUCUUUCCCAUUUUACAGAUAGGAUAAGUGGGACCUAGGGAGGCUAAGUAAGUAACUUUUCCGAGGUCACACAGGUAGUAAACAUCAGAAGAGGAAUUCAAAUCUGAGGCCAUAGAUCCAGAGUUAGGGACCAUAGAGGGCAUUGAGUACAAUCAGCCCUUGCAUUUUGCAGAGAAGAAAAUUGAAGUAUGGAGCAAGUGACUUAUCCAGAGUCACACAUCUAGUCGGUUUUAUGUUGAGAAAAAUUGCAUUGUAGAUGUCUAAAAGGAAAGAAAUAUUUAGAUAAGCUUCAGGAAGUUCCCCCCUUCCACUGGGAACUGCAAAAAUCACCUUCCCUUCUUUAAAAAUAUUCUUACAGAUUGCUUCCUUUAAAAAUUCAUUUCAGUAACUUAAGUUUCAAAAUGAAAGGAUGAAUUCAAGAUAAUAGGAAUCCAACAUUGUCCUGAGUAAAGGGCAGCCAUGGGUAAGGUAAGCAACUAUUCCUUCCUCCUUUCACUGAGGAGUCCCAGAAGGUUUCUUUAAGACAAGGCUUUAAUCAUUAAUGCAGCUAAGAGAACACAGCAAUCCUUGUACUUUGAUCAAAGUAUCAAAGGUAUCAAAAGUAUCAAAAGGUCAUCAUGAUCUCUUUUUGCUACUCAUAACGUGAUGCUAUUGGGGGUCAAAGGGAAAUAGCAGAAGGAGCCUUGGAAUCUCCUAGCUGUAAACAAAACCCUGAACUACGUGGAAGGAAGUUGCUUCAGUCUAUGGGUUCAGAACACAUAGAGAAAUUGCUCCAGGGGCUCAGAUUGGCCAAACCCUCACCCCACAGAAAUAAUGCACUGCUCCUUAUUUCUUCAGACUAUGUUACUUGGCUGCCAUCUUUUUCCCACAGAACUUUGUAUGUAUAAAUAAACUUUCUUGGUAGGAUUAUAGACAGUUCCCAUUCUAUAUGUGUGCCAUCAAGUUGCUCUUAAAUGAGUCCAAGUGUGCCUUAGUAAAGCAGGCAUGCAGAAUGAAGGAAAGUUGGAAAGGAGAAAAGAGGAGGCCUGGAGUUUCCCAACCAACCAUAUCAAUGUAUUUUUCCAUAGUUCCCAUCACCCUUAGUCAGAAAGGCUUAGAAGACUGGUUUUUGUUUGGUUGCUUUUUGUCCAGACUUUCCAUGUGGAGAAUUUCUAGUAUAGAACUUCCUUCUCCUAAGGUAGAUUGCUAAUUCAUCUAUAACUGACACUCUUAGGCAAUUUCCUGGGACUGCUUCAAAGUUAAAUGACUUGUCCAGAAUCACACAACCAGUAUGUGUCUGAGGCAGAACUCUUUCUGACUUUACAUCUGGCCCUUAGCAGCCUACCUUGCCACACCAGCAUCAUAAUAAUAUAGUACACAAACACUCUUUUCCACAAACAUGGCUAUUUCAUAUAGGUAGCUACAUAAAGUUCAAGAUGGAAUUUAGUUUUUGAAAUACUUCAGGUAACAUGAUCUUAUGCAUAUGUGAUAUAUAGAUACAAAUUUCUCAUGACUUUGGCAAAAGUCAAUGUUUUCUUAAGUAACCCCUUAAUAAUCAUAGUUGGUUCUGUGUCAGGGUAUAAAAUACUCUGAUAAACUCCCAACUACUUACCAGGGGAUUUACUACUGACGUACAGUGGUUGAUCUUUAUGGCAUUUUGUGGAGAUAAGAAUUGUGACCCUUGUUCUUUCAAAACAGAACUUGUAAAUGAUUCAGAUUACCAUUCAGAGCUAAUUACUUAAGUCUGCUAGCUCAUCUCCCUCAAAACGGGCAUCAUCUCUGACACUUGAUAUUUAUGUGACCUUGGAUGCUGAACCUCAGUUUGCUCCUCUAUAAAAUGAUAGAGCUGGACUAGAUAGCCUCUGGCAUCCUUUAAAUAUCACAUGAUUUUAGGGGAAAAGCCACAUCAUAUACCCUAGCUUUCAUAUACCCAUAUAGCCUUCAGAAUUUGUAUUGACACUCUUGUCCAUAACUUGAGUUAUUGUCAUUUUUCAUUGGUUUAAACUCUUUCCAUCUAAACAAAAAUGAUUUUUUAAGAGAUGCUUUGUAGAUUAUUAGUGAAAUGAAGAUACAUUUAGCUUGUAUUCGGAGAUUUUCUAAUGCUAUUUUCCCACUUCUGAGUCCCAGAGGUUAGGAAAAAUACUCUUCCAACUGAAGUUUAUCCAUUGGAGACCACAAUUCAUGCAGAAGUUGAAAGACUCUCCUGACUCCUUUCCAUUGAAGUAGUUUAUGUGCCAAGCAAAUUUUAAAGUUAAUAUUCUUGAUUGUUGUUCAAAAUAGGGACCAUCUAGCUGGCUAGUUAGUAUCCUAAAAUUAGAGCUGGAAGGUAUUUCAGAGAUUAUUCAGCCCAACCCCUCACUUUACAGAUAAGGAAACUGAGACCCAGAAAGUUUGAGUUUUAUCCAGGGUUACACAGUGGAUAUCUGAGGCAGAAUUCUAACCCAGGUCUUUUUGAUUCCAUGGCCAGCACACUCCACCAUACUUCAUCACAUUAAGGAGCUCUGAUUUUCUCCAUGCAGACAACUCCCGCCUUGAAGUAGAGUUUAACUUGUUUAUAAUUGAGGGGAUAUUAGAAUCUAAAAUUCACCCCUAUUCACACAGCCAAUUUUGUGUUGACCUUAGCUAAGUUGACCCUUUGAACAGCAUCCAGUAGCAGAUCGUGCAAUCUGUGUAGAAAAGGGCACACAUUUUAGCUGCUAAGGCAAAUGCCUAUUUCCUAUUCUCUUCCCUAUAUAGACAACAAAAGUUCAUUUUAGUUUUUAUUACUUUGAUCCUUAAAGCUCUGUGAUUUUAUCAUCAUGUGUGUUUUUGCUAUCCCAUGGGGCCACAACCUUUCCUGCCUUUUCAACUACAAUUCUUGUCCAGGUUUUCUGUUGCACCUUUUACCUGUGACCUCAAUUGUUUUUCCUAAAAAAUGAAAUAAAGCACACAUUCUAAGUAGUUUCUGUUAUGCGGUAGCAAGAUUAACAGAUGCAAAAACUGAGAUUAAUAUGUUGUUACUGUCUGGUAAAAUGGCCUGGCAUUUUCAUAAGAUUUUUCCACAGAAUUUUAGUAUUUUCAUAGAAUUGGUAUUUUCCUUCUUGUUGGGGAUUUAUGCAGAUCAUUGAAUCUCUUUGUGCCUGAGGGAACUAAGAGAUUUUGUAAAUAGAACUGAGGAUUCUUGGGAACCUAUACACUUGAUGUCUUUGAAUUCAGCAGCAUGGAAAAGCAGGUGCCAUAUUCUUCCCCAAACUGGAUAUAGAACAUUGGUCUAAUGCAAACUUUCUUAUAUCCUUUUGAAUUUUCUUGUCUUUGCAAAGGUGAAAAUACCUUUCCCAUAUUUCCAUUAUGGCUAUUUGGUAAGGAUGAGGUUUUUGUUUGUUUGUUUGUUUGUUUUUUAAUUCUUAAGGAUAAUGGUGAUGUGGUCACCACUGGUGAUCUCCCCUUAGAAGUGAAACAAAAGCAAGUACCAAAAAUAUCUGAGCAAGGGUAGGCAUGGGUAGGUGGGAGGGAGAGUAGGAAAUUGCCAUAACUGUUCCACUGCUCAUUUGAAGUGUAUAAUGCAGGAGCUGGAGGCCUUGGAUUUGUCUCUUUGUUCACAGCUCAAUGCUUUUCACAAGAUUUGAUUUUUCCACCUUUAACACACUCCCCUCUUUUCUGCUCUUGCUAUUGAUAUACGAAUUACUGUAAUAUUUGCCAGCAAUGCUGCGGUUGGGUUUUUUUUUUUUUUUUCCUGCAUGGCUGAAAUAGGAUGCUGAAGCAAUGGGAUGGCUGUCCCCUUCUGCAAUUGGUCAAGUGCUCUGAAUGGGUACUGGGGAGAGAAGGAGAAAGGGAGCAUUUGCUGGUGAACAAAGGACACCUCUGGAGACUUAUCUGUUCCUAACUUUAAUGACUUUCAGUGGAAUCUAGGACAGAUAAUAUUCUUUCUGCUCCCAUCACUGCUCCCAGGCAUUUGUUAAGUGCAUGCUAUGAGGUUCCAUGAGACCUUUCCUGAUAUAGAACUUAGGACGAGCCUGGAAAUGGGUUGCUGAGUUAUCAACCUCAUCAUCCCCUGGGGUCAAAGACUGAUAAGUCAGGGAGGUCUGUCCAACAUCCCACUAUGCAGAGUCGUUUGGUUUUUUUCCCUAUACAAACUAGAUUGUGGCUCUUUGGAGUGUACACUUGGAAGUCAAAAUCACAUCCUAAGCUGUUAAAUUUUUGGCUUGUAUUAAGUAAGCACCUUCCCAGACUCCUUUUGCUCUGCCAUAUAACGAAAGGAAGAUAGCAUUGAACUCACCCUCUCCCUUUCUACACCUUCCAAAAGCCUGUGUAUACAUGUUUUAAUGAAUGUAGCUGAAAGUGUAAAUACUUUUUAAAAAUAAAUUACAUAAUAGUUUAAUUUUUUAAAAAUCACAAUGAAGCAUCACUAGCCACUGUUAGUACUUCUUUGUAUUCUUAUACUUUUUCAAAGUAUUGGAACAAAUAUAUAGUUUCUGGACACUAUUUUUGUACUAGGAUGCGGGAGGGGAGGGUACUGUGUAUAUUAUGUUUAACUUUCAAAUGGUUUGAAAGGUUUUUUGAAUGUCAAUAUCUUUUCCCACACCUUCUCUCAUCCCCUACUCCCUGUUUCAGACAAUUUUCUUAUAUGACAAACUUAAAUGUAAGGCUCUGUUGAGUUGGACUGUUCUCCAACCAACUGGUGAAAGAAAAAAACCCCUAGGGGGGUUUUCCAUGGGAGUCCAGACUGUUCACUUGCCACUUACCUCCUCAUUGUAUUCUUUGUACUGUUUUUCAUUCUUUGAAAAAUAAAAAAAGGAUGAGGAACAAUUAAAAUUUCACUCUUGUGUGAUCAUUAGGAUACCUGGACCUGACUGGUCGUGGGGAAGGGGAAAUGGCUGUUAACUCCUUCAGAGUCUCUCUGUUCCAGAUAACUGCCAUUAUUAUAAGCUUUCAAAUUCAAAGGAGCCUGAGAAAUCAUCUAGUUCAAAGAACCCAUUUCAUAAAAGACCAAGAGACCAAGAAACUACUUGCACAAAUUCAAGCAAUGACUAAUGAUUAUAAUGGCUAACAUAUAACAUGUGAAUGUUUGCAAAGACUUUCCAUAUAUUAUCUUGGUUGAUUCUCACAACAAUCCAGGAAGAUUCUCCUCCCUGUUUUUUGGAAGCAGAUAUGAGAUUGAGAGAGGUUAUGUGAAUUACUUAUGGUCCAUCCCAGAGUUAUGA